CUGCUCUAUUGCCUCCCCCUUUGAUAUGAAUGGCCACAGUGAGGUGAGAACUGAAGAGAAUACCGCAAAACGGCCUAGGGCUCGCCUUGCCUGUGAUGUGUGCCGUAAAAAGAAGGUCCGCUGUGACGGUGCCGAUAUGCCCGACCGGCGGUGCACUGGAUGUGUCACCCACAACAUCCCCUGCACUUAUGAAACCCAUAAUAAGAGGCGAGCCGGUGACCAGCCUGGAUCUCUCGAUGAACGUCUUUCCAAGAUGGAAAGCAUCCUUGACAGAGUUCAACCUCGACUGCCCCCCACUCAAGAACGUCCCCAUUCGUCCCAGGAAGUCUCAAUGGCCGCAUCAUCUCCAGGGACAGUGCACAGUUCGAGCGACACUGUCGUUGACGAGCUUGACGAAUCCGGCAUUCCGGAGUUAUCGCGAAGCCUCCUCCAAAUCAAUCUCGCCGACCCAGAAGACACCAUCAAACUACAUUAUCAUGGGAAGUCUUCAGGUUUCAGGUUUAUGAUGCAAGCACGAUUUAUGAAAUCGGAGUAUACUGGCAUUCAGCAAGGGACAGCAUGGAAGAACAGGCGACCUGAAUUCUGGGGGAGUAUAGAUCCACCUCCUUUCGGAAACCGUGAUCCUCGGCAGGCCAAUUUCCCCGACGACGAUUUAGCGGCUUUACUCACCGAAACAUUUUUCCACAAAUGUCAGCUCUGUUGUUCAAUAAUACUAGAGGAAAAGUUCCAGGAGAACUGGAGAUCGCGGGCACAUCUCGAGGACGAAUCAAUAGCUGCGUUAACCUUGGUUGUAUUUGCAGUUGCCAGCAAAUUUGCUCGAAAUGACCCACGUGUAGCACUCGAUCCUUCAAAUUAUCGUCAUGCUGGUGACGAGUACUACGAAGAAGUCAGAUCGUUUUACUCGCGUAUCCAGAAUCCAAUAUCUUUAACACAAUUCCAAGGCCUAGCGCUCUCGUCAUACUUUCUUUAUCUGUCUAGCUACAACCAUGCAGCUUGGACAUUGCUAGGUGUUGCCGUGCGUUUAGGGCAAGAUGUAGGCGCGCACCGACGCAAACCCACGCGAAGCCCAAGUACGGUUGAGACGGAGCUAUGGAAACGAACGUUUUGGAGUCUCGUUCUACUCGACGUCAACAUCAGCGCAGGAUUGGGCAGGCCAGUGGCGUGCCAACUUGAAGACAUGGACGCGGAGAUGCCAACGGCGCUGACCUCCCACGAGGAGCACCAUAUCGUGUUCUUCUCAUGUUAUCUUCGGCUUAUCAAUAUCCUGAACAUGUGUUUGCGAGUGUUAUAUUCACUUAAAAAACCAAAGAUGAUAUUUGACCUCUUGGGUGACGAUUAUGAGCAGAAUGUUGUUGCUGAGCUGGAUUCCAGCCUCAACGAAUGGAUUGACUCGAUCCCUGAAACUUUGCGCUGGAACCCACAUUGCGAAGACGACAUUACGGUGGAAAGGUCCACACUUCUGUAUGCGUCAUACUACAAUGUACAGCUUUUGGUCCAUAGACCGUUCAUCCCUCAACCUAACAAGCCCUCGCGCCUCGCAUUCCCUUCCCUUUCCAUAUGUACAAAUGCAGCACGAUCAUGUGCUCAUGUGCUGGAUGCAGCCAGACGAAGAGGACUCCGAUCGAUGCCCAUAACUUCUUUCGCAGCAUUUUCUUCGGCGCUCACACUUCUUAUCGGGACUUGGGGUGCAAAGAAUAGCGGUGUUUCGCUGGAUUAUGACAUGCACGUCAAGGACAUUGAUUACUGCGUCAAGUUUUUGAUGAGUCAAGAGCCAGGCUACCGCCAAGCCGGGAAAGUGGUUGAUAUGAUAAAGGAACUUGCUUCUCUGGGGGAUUUGACUCUCACAAAUGAUGCGGAUACGCCCCCAAGCGCGGUAUUCCCAUCCUUCUCACCCAAUCAAGGGAAGCGUAACCGUGAGGGUGAUGACGAGUUUGGGAUUACCCUGAGCUCACCUAACCAGGACCAUUGGAGGCCCGCGGACUGGUCUGCGGAACGCUAUACGCAGCCCGCCAUAUUCUUUCCAUAUAAACCAGACCUCUCUUCAACAUGUGCUGGAACCACGGCUCCGGGUGCUAACGGCGCAGUCGCCGAAUUUGGCAUUCUUCCGCACAAUACUGCUGCGCUUAGUCAGCUCUCUGCAUUCUCAGGACCUCCUUAUCCGCCUUGGCUAAACGUCCAGACAGAAACUCAAUACAAAGUUAGUCCGGCUCCCACCAACUCUUACACCGUCAAUUAUGGGGCUGGCGGUGUUUCUCAUACUCCCAAUUCAAAGAUCGCACAAAUUACCUCACCCCUAUCUGCAAGACCUUGCCACCCUACUGAAGCUUACCAACAAUUAUACAAUGGGGGUGGGAACGGGAUUCAGCCUGGACAACCCUAUGUCUGCGAACCGAGCAGGUCAUCGAUGGGGGUCGCACAAAAGGAAAAUCCCAUUGAGGGUUUGAUUAACCAACAUCCACACGCUUCUCAAUUGCAGCCCCCGCCAGCCAGUGGCGAAGGCACCCUCAUAGAAGGUGAUGCCCUCGGACUGUGGUCAUUCGCUCCAUCCGGUUUCGAGUGGGAUUCGUGGGACAAUCUGAUUGAUACCUUGAAGGUCCGGACCUAACAGGUUGAUCUCGUUUGCUUGCUAUGUGACGCUUCCUAGCGCCACAUCGGAGUCCAUUUCAGUCUGUUCGUUGCUACUGCUUGUGUUUGCACCGUUGCUCUACUGUUGUAUAAUAUUCAAUGAUAAUCAUCACCCUCGAUGUUGUUAGGCUGGUA